AUGCAGUACGUGGGGCGCGCGAUGAAUUCCAUGUCCAAGACAUGGAACUCCAUUAAUCCAUCUACAUUGUCGGGCGCUAUUGACGUGGUUGUUGUGAAGCAACCAGAUGGCGACCUUCAUUGCUCCGCAUUCCAUAUUCGAUUUGGAAAGCUCAGUCUGCUUCGUCCGUCGGAGAAAGGCGUUGACUUUUACGUCAACGACAGAAAAAUCCCAAUCCAAAUGAAACUGGGCGAAGGCGGAGAGGCGUUUUUUGUUUUCGAAACCGCAGCCGACGUCCCGCCCUCCCUGUUGACAUCGCCCGUUCUCUCACCGCAGGGCUCGCCGUCGAAUGCCGACACUCCUGCGUCUGGGGAUGAGGACGAGAUGGAAGAGCUUCAACUUUCUCAGUCGAAGGGAUCAGCCGAUGGCGAUAGCAACGGUGCACAGCUCCCAGACUCUCCGACAGCUGAUUCUUCGGAGAUUGACCAGGACGCUCUGAGGCAGGCGGCAAUUGAAGGACAUGCUCGUUCGUGGCUACAGGGCCAUGAUAAGAGUGAUUUUGACGAGUUGGUCAACCAAUUGUGUGACGUCAAGGUUCCCUCAACCACGAAUGAUCAGGGACAUGUUAUUAUCGAUAUGACUGGCUAUAAGCCCGGUGGCCAAAACACUAAAGCUCUUGAGGAUGUUGUCCAGCAAAUUCUGUCCCAUGAUCUGAGCCAUGUCCCCACGGACGAUACAGAUUUACCCUCAGCUCCGUCCUCCCCCAAGCCUGAGGUUCCCGGUAGCCCAGUUCCUGCUGAUGGCGAAGAAAUUGUUCCCAGCUCACCUCCUGGAAGUCCUGGUAGCACUGCAUCGCGGUCCCGUCACUUUGUUAAAACACUCCGUCUCACCAGUGACAUGUUGAAGGAGCUUGAUCUCAAGCCUGGUGCCAAUGACGUCAAGUUUGUUGUUCGCUCGAAUCAGGCAACCGUGACAUCUUCGAUAUUUUACUGGGACAACAAGACACCUGUAGUUGUCUCGGAUAUUGAUGGUACCAUUACUCGGUCGGACGCUCUGGGACACGUGAUGACCAUGAUCGGUCGCGACUGGACUCAUGCUGGAGUUGCAAAGUUGUUUACAGACAUUCACAACAACGGAUACAACAUUUUGUAUCUGACAUCUCGUGCUGUGGGUCAAUCCGACGUUACUAAGGCUUAUCUCAACGGUAUCGAGCAGGACGGCUACCGUCUACCUAAAGGCCCCGUCAUUCUGUCACCAGACCGUCUGAUGGCUGCAUUGCGAAGAGAAGUCAUCAUGCGCAAACCGGAGAUUUUCAAAAUGGCAUGCCUCAAAGAUAUUUCCAAGCUCUACGACUUGGAUGGUGAAAGCAGCCCCUUCUAUGCAGGGUUCGGCAACCGUAUUACAGACGCACUUUCUUAUCGAUCCGUGGGGAUUCCCUCGACAAAGAUCUUCACGAUCAACACAAAUUCAGAAGUUCAUAUGGAAUUGCUUGAGCUUACUGGAUUAAAGAGCACCUACAUGCUCAUCAACGACCUCACAGAUCACUUCUUCCCUCCGGCAACUCAACUCGCCAUGCAGCGAUCUAAAACCACUGAAUUUACGGAUGCCAACUUCUGGCGGGCUCCAUUGGCCGAAUUGAGUGACGACUACGAAGAUGAAACAGCUACUGGGGUCGCAUCUAGCACCAACGGCGAUAUUGACUACGAAGAGACGUUCGGUUGCAGACCUACCUUUGGCGGUGUAGAUGAUGCUGAUUCAGGUGACGACGACGACGACGACGACGACGACGACGCCAGCUACUUCAGCGACGAUGCUUUUAGUGAUCAGGACGACGACGACGAGCUAUCUGCUGAUGAGGAGGCCGACUACGUGCCUCCCUCGACUGCUCGUAAAUAG